GAGCCCCCGCCGAGACGCCUCGGUCUCCCGGACAGGGAUUAGGGGCAGAAUGCUAGGAUCUCCCGGAGUGGGAUCGUUUGGGAUGCUGAUGCAUAGAUUCCGGAGGAACUGCAUCGAUGUCUGAGCCUUGGGAGGGUGCACUGGUUCCCGAAUGCCACGAUCCCUUGGGGUCUUUCCUUUACCCUCCACGGCCCCAACUCCACGCCGGGGAUGGAAUUUCUCAGCAAGGAAGAAAUUUAGCGGUCCAGGCGUCAAUGGACUGAGACUAAGCCGAGGCCCUCCUUUAGGUCUCUGGGCCAGCAAGAUGCUGGAACGGGAUGCCGAACCCGCCACUGCAGCCACCGACCCUAGUCCUGCUGGCAAGGAACUAGUGACCAAAGGAGCUCCCCACCAGGGUUCGUCCAAGAAGCCCCACCAGUCGGCUGCAGGGCCUGCUGCAUCCUCGGGGGCGCCGACUCGACCCCGCAGGCGGCCCCCGCCCCAGCGCCCGCACCGCUGCCCCGACUGUGACAAGGCCUUCUCCUACCCGUCCAAGCUGGCCACGCAUCGACUGGCACAUGGAGGCGCCCGCCCCCACCCGUGCCCCGACUGCCCCAAGGCCUUCUCCUACCCCUCCAAGCUGGCAGCCCACCGCCUCACGCACAGCGGGGCCCGCCCGCACCCGUGUCCGCACUGCCCGAAGGCCUUUGGCCACCGCUCCAAGCUGGCAGCCCACCUCUGGACCCACGCGCCCGCCCGCCCCUACCCGUGCCCUGACUGCUCCAAGUCCUUCUGCUACCCCUCCAAACUAGCUGCCCACCGACACACACACCAUGCCACGGACUCCCGCCCCUAUCCCUGCCCACACUGUCCCAAGGCUUUUUCAUUCCCCUCCAAACUGGCCGCCCAUCGCCUAUGUCACGACCCCCCCACCGCGCCGGGCAGCCAGGCCACGGCCCGGCACCACUGCUCCAGCUGCGGCCAGGCCUUUGGCCAGAGACGCCUCCUGCUCCUUCACCAACGCAGCCACCACCCGGCCGAGAGUCAGGGGGAGCGGGGGUGAGCCCUCCCCUGGGCUCACUGGCUCCCCCUGCCGCCGGCCCCAGGAAAUAAAGAGGUGGCACUUCUAAACCGGGCUGCACGGACUCACCUCUUCUAGUUGGCAGGGAGGGUGGCACCGCACACUGCACUGUAACUUAAAGGGUGAAGGAACUCUUUGCUUACCCAUUUUGGGGAAGGGAAGGGUCACCCACUGGGAGCUAACCGGCCCCAACGUGGACCUGGAGCUGUGGUGUGAACCACUGGCUCUGGUUUUUCCCAACUAUUCAUUUGGCAAAGGUAAGAAGUCUGCUCACAUGGGUUGGUGAGGAGUGUGGGGAAACGGGCUGUCUUUAUUAAGUUGACCGGUGCCUCCGUGUUGGCCAUUUGGCUGUAUCUGUAACAUAGUGGAACGCGCACGUGCUCGUCUCAACUAUUCCACUUGUAAUUUAUCCUAUAAACUAAGCACGUGAGCAAGGCACGUGGGCAAGAACGUGCACUGCGGCGCGAUGGCUGUGCCCAAAGGGGGGGGAGCAACCUGAGUGUUCGUCACCAGACCAGCUAGUAGAAGACAGAACUAGAGUGGAAUGUGUAGCUGUAGGAAAAAGUCAGCCCUUCAGGUACCAGCAUGGAGAGAUUCUUAACAUACAUGAUAAAAGUCAAGAACAAGGGGUAUAUUACUGAGAGUAUGAAAAAAACGAAGUCCAAGUUUUGGAGCCAGCUCUGACCCACUAGGUAUGGCCCAGGAGCCCUGGACAAGUUUUGUCUCAUCUCUGGACCCAGAAGCUGUGUCUGUGAGACACAAGUGUUAACCUGUAACAAGGCCUGUGUCAGGGUGCAAGCGUCACCAUCUCGGGCAAAGUCAGUGUCCCCCCUGGGGCCAGUUCCUCCCACUAAAAUCAGAGGCUCAAGCUGACAUUGGCUUGCUCUUCUUUCUAACAUAAGCACCUCCUGUAUGCCAGGACCUGCACAGGGUAUUGAGAACAUGGCAGUAAACAAGGCCAAUCUGGUCCAGUGAAGGAAGUGGGCAGUAAUCAAAUAGUGGCGGGGAAAAUGAAGAUGCCAAGUCCAUUUUGAAUAACAAGUAGGUGACCCUUGGUCCUGACAUGUGACAACCCCACCCCCGUAGAUCGGGGUUGGCAAUCUCUUUGUGGAGAGGGCCAGAUAGUGUGUAUCUUUAGGUUUUGCAGGUCACGCAGUGCCUGCCACAACCACCCAACGCUGCUGUUGUGGCGCAAAAGCAGCCACACGUUAUGAUACAUUAAUGAAUUCGUGGCUGGGUUCCAAUAAAACUUUAUUUACAAAAAGAGCGGGUGGGCUGGAUUUUGCCGGUGGGCUGCAGCUUGCCGACCCCCACUGCAGAUGAGAAAGGGCAGGCUAAUCUGUGAGCUGAGAUGGGAAAGAACGAAGUGGGACCCUGUGGUGGGCAGAAUGGUCCCCCCCAAAUGUCCUCGUCCUAACCCCCAGAAUCUGUGUGUUAGCUUACACAUGGCAGAACGGACUUUGCAGAUGUGAUUAAGGAUUUUGAGGUGGGAAGAUUAUGCUGAUUACCCCAGCAGGCCCAGGGUAACCACAGGACCCCUCAGAUGGGUGAGGGAAACAAGACUGGGAAGAUGUGGUCGUGGAAGCGGAGACUGGAGUGAUGUGAGGCCACAAGCUGAGGAAUUAAGGAAUUCAGCUGCUUCUAGAGGCUAAAAAAGUCAAGAAAAUGAUUCUCUCUCAGAGCCUCUAGAAGGAACCCUGGCCUGCUGCCACCUUGACUUUGGCCCAGACUGAUUUCGGACUGCCAACCUCCAGAACUGUAAGAAAAUAAAUGUGUAUUGUU